UAGCGCUGCCUUUCCUCAUAAUUUGGGCAUUCGAAGCGAUGGUUUGGUAACAGCAGCAGAAGCAAACAUGUCCAACUCUUUUGGAGAUUACAGCGAUUAUCCUUCAGAGUAUGCCACUGGCUAUCCUGACAUUGACCCCAACACAGCCCCUUGCACUCAGGAUGAGGUGGGUGCAUUUGCUCGCUAUUUCGGCCCAGCUGUCUUCUCCUUGGCCUUUGUGGUGGGGCUGGUCGGCAAUGGGCUGGUGUUGGCGGUCUUGAGCCGACGCCCCUGCCCCUGGCUGUUUGCCGACUGCUACCUCUUCCAGAUGGCUGUGGCUGAUCUGCUGCUAGUCUUAGUUCUCCCUUUCCGGGCCACCCAGUUCACCCAGAGCUGGAUAUUUGGAGAGAUCCCCUGCAAGCUCGUUGGGCUCCUGUCGACCAUGAACAGCUAUGGCACCAUAUUUCUCCUGACUUGCCUUAGCGUGGAACGCUACCUGGUGAUUGUCCAUGCCAUCCAACUGCACCACCACUUGACACUUUCCCACAACUACUUGAUCUCCACUCUCGUGUGGAUCACAUGUUUCAGCCUGUCUGGAACGGAGCUACAUUUCCGUACGGUGGCCUACAUCCCUCAGGCUGAAGCCGUCAUCUGCCAUCUGGGGUUCGACGCCAAGGAAGCGGAGUCUUGGCGGCUGGGACUGCGCUUGGUCGCCUUCUUCUUUGGCUUCUUCUUGCCUCUCCUGGUGAUGGCCAUCUGCUACUGCCGCAUCUUCCGCCGGCUGUACCAAGCUCGGAUCUUCUGCAAGCACUUGGCUGUGCGCCUCCUGGUGGUGAUCUUGGUGCUCUUUCUCCUCUGUUGGGGCCCCUUCCAUGGCUUCAUCUUUGUGGACAGCCUACAGCGCCUGGGCCACUUGGCCCGAGAUUGCGCCAGGGAGAAGAUGCUGGAUUUUGGGCUGCUGUUCACAGAGAGCUUAGGCCUUGUCCACUGCUGCCUUAACCCCUUGGUGUAUGCCUUCUUGGGGGUCAAGUUCCAAAGAGAGUUUCCCAGGUUAUUUCGUUGUUGGAACAGGGACGAAGGACCCCAGCAAAGCAUCUCUGGCCAAGAACACAGCCAUGCCACAGAUCACACCACCGUCCGAGGUGUGGACUAUUCCAUCAUUAUGUGAGAGUCACAAAGGAAUGGAAGCCAUAAUCAGAGCAUCGCAUUUCUUUCCUGAAGAACCAGAACCCCAAGAGAAAGCAUCCUUAUUAUGGCUGUGCCGAAUAUUUUCCAGUUUCAUUUUUUGGAAUAUAUAUAUAUAUAUAUAUAUGUUUCGGUGGGAUUGAAAUCUGCUUUAA